GUGUAGAGAGAUUUAAGGUAGUGUACACUAAGUACAGAAUAAAUUUUCAAGUGUAGUGAUGAUAGCACAAACGCGAAAGUGUGAAAUAAAAAUGGUGGUUUGCAUACACAGCGAAACAUAGCCUACGAAAAACAAAGUUAUAACCUACGAAAAACAAAGUUAAAUAACACGUUCUCUCUACAAUGGCAAUGGAAGGAAUUCGUGAAAUUUGUUACAUACUAAUGGAUUCUUCCGACGACGAUGACGAAAAUGAAAACAUUCCUGAUCCACAUUUCAUGAUCGAGGAUGAUGAUUUCGACAUGAUUAAAAAUUUGAUGCAAGUAGUCAUACAAGGAAUUGUAAGAAGACAACGCAUAAAGGUAAUGAAUUAUGUAGAAAAUCAGGUAAGAAAUUACAACGAAAAUGAUUUCAUCAUGCACUUUCGAUUGUCACGAGAAGUUGCAUACACAUUGAUUAAUCACUUUGAAAGAUCUCCAGUAUUCAUAUCUUUAAGAGGUCCUGCUGGUUUUGAGCCUACGUCACCAGAGAAACACAUUUUGUGUUAUUUGUGGUUUGUAGGGCACCAAACUGCAUCCUACAGAGAUGUGGCAGAUAGAUUUGGUGUUAUUUUGAGCACUUUGUACAAAAUAAUAUCCAGAGUAACGACAUUCUUAAUAUCAAUUGCACCUAAUAUUAUAAAAUUUCCUUCACUGGAAGAGAGAAAUCUCACAAAGGAACAUUAUUUACAAAAAAACGGAUUUCCUGGAAUCAUAGGUUCUAUUGAUGGUUCGCAUAUUAGAAUUGAUAAACCUUUAUAUGACAAAGAUUCAUAUGUAAAUAGAAAGCAAUACUUCUCAAUUCAAAUACAAGGUGUGGCAGAUCACUGAAAAAAGUUCAUUGACGUUUUUAUAGGAUACCCAGGUUUGGUGCAUGACGCCAAAGUGUUACGAGAAUCCUCUUUAUUUAACAGCUUAGAUGAUAUAUGUGGAGAAAAUGGUUUUUUACUUGGAGACAGCACUUAUCCCUGCAUGAAACGUUUGAUGGUACCUUACAAAGACAACGGUCAUCUUACACGAGCACAAAGAAACUUCAAUCAGAAGUUAAGUUCUUGUCGUGUCAUCAUCGAAAAUGCAUUUGGUUGCUUAAAACAACGAUUCCGUCAACUGUACCAUUUAAAAUUGAGAAAUAUGAUUCGAAUUGUUUAAGUCAUCCACGCAUGCUGUGUGCUGCAUAAUAUAGCAAACGAAAACGAUUUGAGACUAUUCGAAGAUCCAAUUGCAGAUGAUUAUCCUGAUGACGAAGCAAGACAUUUUCCAAUUAACGACAACAUUGAAAUAGAAGAUAAUUGUGAAGGACGAUAUCUUAAAAAUGAAAUAUGCCGUCAACUAGCUAUGCGAUAAAUAUAUACAAAAGACAACAAUAUACAAUAAGAAAAUGUGUAUUAAUCUUGUAUAUUCAUGUAUUUUAUAAUCAUGUACUUUAAUAUAAAAAUAAGAUUUAUUACAAUAAAAUAUUAUACUUUUAA